UCCGAAGCCGAGUGACGUUCCUGUUGGAGCAUAGUCUUGUUGACACUUGUCUUCUGCUGAUUGAAUGACAGUAUCUGUUUUUAUGCCAUAUAACUUUUUAAUCCCCUCAGCUCCGGUUCUGUUUUUACAAAGCAGAUUGCUGUGUAUUUUAUUUGUGCGCUUUCUUGGCUCAAAUGUAAAAUAUUGAUGAAAAGGGGGAAGUUUCAUGUCACACUGGACAGAAAGUGAGCUGGCACAAACAUGAAGGACGCUGUAAAGUUUGCAGUUCCAUUCCUGUUUUUCAUCUUUAUUUUAUCCCCCUCCACGACCGCUCCGUCGACGCUGUACCACGGAAAUGUGGGUGAAAACUCGACUUGGCAGACGCUCGUACCUGUCAGCUCAGAGCGCCGCCACCCCUCGCCGGAAUCGGGACCGGGCAGCGCUUUAGCGGGGAAGGGAGCCUCCGAUUCCAGCGCUGUCCCCCCAAGCCACGACAGCCGCCGGUCUCUGGAAGCCUCAAGAAGUUUAGGCGGGCAGUUAAAACCACCGUACGCGCUAAGAGCUGAUGCCGCGGAGCUGGAGACCCAAGUCCCGGACGUAAACAGCAGCGCCCCCGAAAGUGGACAGGCAACGCCUUCCGGGCCCCCGGUCGGUGCGGGCGGCGUCUCCCCGCGGGUCCCUAUGGCCAUGCCGCGGAAGCCGAGGGCAGCACCCGGGGAGCUGUCCUACGCUGUCCCCGUGUCCGAGGAUGCGCGUAUCGGGGACCUGAUUUUCACGGUGCCCGAUCACAGGUUUGCCAGGCGGUGGUUCGAGGUGGUUCUGGGCGUGGACUCGCCGGUCCAGAUCGAGCGGGACUCGGGCCGGCUGUACUUGGCGAGUAAGCUGAGGAGCGCUGCUGAUGUGCUGGUUAAAAUCCACAACUUCGGAGGAGACGAGUGGUACCUGUGCCGGCUGAGCCUGCGUGCACCUGGCAUGUCAGACCUGCAGUGGGCCAUGUUCCCGUUCCCCUACCUGGCCGCCAUUGGGCCCAACACAGCCCCAGGCGCCACGGUUUACCGACUGUCAGCCCGUCGCACCUCUGACUCUUCGGGCUCCUUGCGCUUUCUGCUGGUGGAGGGAGGGGAGGGCCGGUUUGAGGUCGACCCAGCGUCCGGGGAGAUUCGGACCACGGAGCAGCCGUUGACGCUCAACAAGGAGUAUGUGCUGACGGUGCAGGUGGAGGACUUUCUGGCCCAGAGGGGCUCGCUGGCGAGCGUGGCCGUCCUGGUGGGCUUCCGCCCACCCCAGUUCACCAACGCCUCCUACACGGCCUUCGCUCCAGAGAGCACGGCAGCCGGGCAGGCCAUCACCGUGGUGCAGGCCGUAUCGUUCCAGCGACAGAGCCUCUCCUACACGUUGGUGAUGAACCCCGGCAAUCUGUUCAGCAUCAACCAGGAGAGCGGCGCCGUGAGCCUGACCCGAGCCGUGGACUACGAGGGAGGCCAGCACCUGUAUCACCUGCAGAUCCGCGCCUCCGAACCAGGAACGGGCCUGAGCAGCUUGGCAGAGGUGGUGGUGCACAUCACUGAUGAGAACGACUGCACCCCCGAGUUCAUGCAUUCCAUAUACAGCCGGGACAGUGUUGCUGAGGUCACGCCCCCUGGAAGCUCCCUGCUGCAAGUGCUGGCCCGGGACUGUGACAGUGGCCUAAACGCAGAGGUCUCCUAUUUCAUCCAGAGUCCAGACUUUGACGUUAAUGGCCAGGGUGUGGUGAGUCCACGGCAUACGUUGGACUACGAGCGACCCAACCACAUGUAUGAGUUUGUGGUGGUAGCGGUGGAUCGCGGCACUCCGGCCCGCACCGGCACCGCCUCCGUCCGGAUCCGUCUGGCCAACGUCAACGACGAGGUCCCUGUCUUCUCCCAAGCCGUGUAUAAGACCUUUCUGUCUGAGGACGCGGGACCGGAGACGCUGGUAGCCAUCGUCCACGCCAAGGACCCGGAUGGGGACGCGGUAACGUACGCCAUCACCGGGGGCAACGAGGACAGCAACUUCGAGCUAGACAAUCAGAAGGGAAUCAUCAAACUGCGCAGAAGCCCUCCCCCCAGGCUGCGGGGCCCCCAGUACAUCCUGAACAUCACGGCCACGGACGACAAUGCUUCCGGUGGGCCCCACCCACUCAGUAGCUCCGCCCAGGUCAUCGUGGGCAUAAACGACAUCAACGACAAUAAGCCCGUCUUCGACGAGUGCCAGAACUACAGCCUGAGCACCUGGGUCCUUGAGAACCAGCCGCUGGGGACCUUUGUGCUGCGGGUGCAAGCCCACGAUGCCGACAUCGGCGCCAACGGGCAGGUCCGGUAUGGCAUCAUGCACCGUGACAGCGCCUCCUCCGGGUUCGCCAUCGAUCCCGAGACCGGUGUCAUCAGCACCACGGCGAGCUUCGACCGUGAGCGCCAGCGGGAAUACACCCUGUCCGUCACGGCCACCGAUCUCGCCGAGGAGCCGCUCAUCGGCAUCUGCCAGGUCACCGUGCUCAUCGCCGACCAGAAUGACAACGACCCCAAGUUCGAGAACAGCCGAUAUCAGUACUUCCUACGCGAGGACACACCCGUGGGGACCAGCUUUCUGCGUGCGGCCGCCCACGAUGAUGACCAGGGGGCCAACGCCGCCAUCACCUACUCGCUGUCCCCCCACCAGCCUGCCUACUUCCACAUCAGCCCCAGCACCGGCUGGAUCUACGUCAAGCAGCCCAUCUCGCAGACGUCCCGCAUCAGCCAGCAGAUCAUCGCCACAGACGGGGGGAACCGAAGUGUAUCAGUGGAGCUGACCGUCAUGAUCACCAACAUCUACAACCAGCCCCCUGAGUGGGAGCGGGCGGAGUACUCGGUCACCAUUCCGGAGAACACGGUGCGGGACACCACGAUCGUGACCAUAAAAGCCACGUCGCCCUUGGGUGACCCCCGGGUGACCUACAACCUGGAGGAGGGGCAAGUUCCGGAGACCAACAUGCCCGUGCGCUUCUACAUCAAGCCCAACCGGGCCGACGGCUCCGCCUCCAUCCUGGUGGCCGAGCCUCUGGACUUCGAGGUCACGCGGUUCUUCACGCUGCGGGUCCGGGCGCAGAACGUGGCUGCCGUACCGCUGGCAUCAUUCACCACUGUCCAUGUUAACCUCACAGACGUCAACGACAACGUGCCGUUCUUCAUGUCGCCCACGUACGAGGCCACUGUCCCCGAGGGGGCCGACAUCGGCACGUCGGUGAUCCAGGUGUCUGCCGUGGACCUGGACUCGGACCUCCACGGCACGAUCAACUACAUCAUCCUGAAGGACCAGAGCGGAGACUCGCAGUUCUUCAGCAUCAACGCCCACACAGGAGUCAUCCACAGCCGCGCCUCCUUCGACAGAGAGCAGAAGGGCUCCUAUCUGAUCGAGGUCCAGUCGCAGGACGGCUCGGAGUCGGCCAGGCCGGGCCAGCAGGGGCAGCCCAACACAGACACAGCCUACGUGCGGAUCUUCAUCACGGACGUCAACGACAAUGCCCCCGCCUUCUCCCAGGCCGUGUACGAGAUCAGCGUGGAGGAAGACCAGGAAGUGGGUUCCGCGGUCAUCACUGUCACAGCCAACGACGAGGAUGAAGGAGCGAACGCCAAGCUGAGGUACCAGAUCACGGCGGGCGACGUGCUGGGUGCCUUCGACGUGGAGCCCGAGGUGGGCACGGUGUUCAUCGCGCAGCCGCUGGAUUACGAGGUCGAACGGCGCUAUGAGCUGUUGCUGGUGGCCUCUGACGGCAAGUGGGAGAACCGGACGGCGGUGGUGGUGAACGUGGUGAACCGCAACGACGAGGCGCCGCUCUUCGGGCAGAACCAGUAUCACGCGGCUGUCACCGAGGAGCUCAGCGGCGGGCCCGUGCUGGUGCUGGAGGUGUCAGCCAUCGACCCCGAUCAGGAGGCAGACCAGGCCGCCGUCCGCUACUCGCUGCACGGGCAGGGCGCCGGGACCGAGUUCACCAUCGAGGAGUGGACAGGCCGCAUCUACGCACAGAAGAAGCUGGACCGAGAGCAGCGCGCCGUCUGGCGUUUCCUGGUGCUGGCGACCGACGAGAACGGGGCGGGGCUCACCGGCUUCGCCGACGUCAUCGUGGAGGUGCGGGACGUCAAUGACAACGCGCCGGCGUUCCCAUGCGCUGUGGAGAGCUGCUUCGUGGGCCACGUGCCAGAGAACUCACCGGCUGACACGUCCAUCAUGGACAUGAGGGCCACAGACCUGGACGACCCCAAAGCCGGGAAGAACGCCAUCCUGACGUACCGCAUCAUGCAGAACGUGCGCAACGAGAUCAACCUGAACUUGUUCUCCAUCAAUCCCUCCACGGGGACCAUUUAUACAGUGCUUCGUUCCCUGGACAGGGAAGCAGUGGAUCGGUACUUCGUGGUGGUGGAAGCUCAAGACGGGGGUGGUCUCUCGGGGACCGGAACUGCGACUAUUAUGGUGUCUGACGUCAAUGACCACACUCCCAUUUUCACCCAGAAGGUGUACACAGCCUCUGUGACCGAGAACCUGGACAUCAACAGUGCAGUGCUGGUGGUGUCCGCCACAGAUGGAGACCAGGGAGAGAAUGCGCUGAUGACCUUCAGCAUCGUGGGAGGCGACGAGGACCGCAAGUUCUUCAUCGAGACGGACAAGGUUAAUCGGCGGGGGACGGUCCGGCUGAAGAAGAAGAUCGACUUUGAGAAGCCCCAUGAACGUACCUUCAACCUGACCCUGAAGGCGGAGGACAUGGACUUCUUCAGCCUGGCCUACUGUGUCAUUCAGGUGGAGGAUUCCAACGACCACGCGCCUGUCUUCUUCCCCCAGUUCUACGACGCAGGCUCCAUGUUCGAAGACGUUCCCAUCGGGACGAUAGUUGCUCAAGUCACUGCCGUUGACUUGGACUCAGGCCAGAAUGGGAAGUUCUUCUACACCAUCGUCCCUGAGUCUGAUCCCCAUGACCAGUUCCUGGUGGAUAAGAAUGGAUGGGUGGUUGUGGCAGGUUCUUUGGAUCGAGAAAAGAUCUCUCAGCACCGCCUCAUGGUUCACGCUACAGACAUGGGCAACCCGGCGCUGACGGGCACAUCCAUCGUACUGGUGACUGUGCAGGACGUCAAUGACAACGGGCCGGAGUUUGAGGCACCUUAUAAGCCAAUCGUGUGGGAGAACUCGGCUGCACCCCAGAUAGUCCGUAUGAACGAGACCUCGGUCCUGCUGCACGCCACCGAUAGAGACUCCACCCCCAACACCGGGCCCUUCGCCAUCCGCCUGCUCACACAGAGCCGCGACGCGGCUGCCUUCAACCUGACAGACCUCAGGAACGGCAGCGCUCUCCUCACUGCCCUGCUCACCUUCGACCGUGAGCAGCAGAAGGAGUAUCUCCUGCCCAUCCUGAUGAUUGACAGUGGAACUCCUCCAAUGAGCUCCACCAACACGCUGACUGUUACCAUCGGCGACCGGAAUGACCAUCCCCAUGAAGCAGGCCACACUGAUUUCAUCGUUUACAGCUACAAAGGCUUCCUGCCAACAGCCCCACUCGGACAGGUUCGAUCCCCCGACCUUGAUGACUGGAAUGAGAAGCUUUACCGACUGGAAGGCAAGACCUCCAGGCACUUUGUGCUGAACCGGAGCUCUGGGCAGAUCAGCCUGAAGGCCGACACUCCGCCUGGGAGCUACAGCCUGCAGGUCCGGGUGUCAGACGGAACCUGGCCCGACGUGAUAUCCAGCGCAGAGGUCACCAUCAUGGAGCUGAAGGAGGAGGCCGUGGAGAACGCCGGCUCCCUGCGCUUGUCCAACCUCACCCUGGAGGAGUUCUUCUCAGGGGCCCCGGGCCGGGAGAGCCGAUUCCUGCGGCUGAGGCGCUUCCUGUCCGAGGUCCUGCAGACGGAGCCCGAGUGCGUGCAUGUCUUCAAUGUGGCCGAGAGCCGGCGGCGCCCCCGUGAGGUCACCGUGUGGUACGCCGCCCAGGGCUCGCCCUACUACAAGGCCGAGAAGCUCAAUGGGAAUGUGGCCUUGCACAGGGCCAAGCUGGAGGCGGUGCUGGGCACCCCCGUCUCCCAGGUGGGCGUGGACGACUGCGCCUACAGCGACUGCGGCUCCACGGGGGGCUGCAGCAGCACUGUGCGCUUCGCCGACACCCCCACCCCGCUGAGCCGGGGCAGCACUGCGCUGGUGUCGCUGGCCGCGUCUGUCGGAGCCCGGUGCGGCUGCCAGGCCCGGGAGAGCCCCCACCUCGCCUGCGCCUCCUACCCGCGCGGCCCGUGCCUGAACGGGGGCUCCUGCGUCGACGGGGAGCUGGGAUACAGGUGUCAGUGCCCCCCCAUGUUCGAUGGGCCCGAGUGCCAGCAGGUGAAGCACACGUUCGGUGGGCACGGAUACGCCUGGUUCCCGCCGCUGAAGCCCUGCUUCCACAGUCGCAUUUCUCUGGAGUUCCUGACGGAGGCGGCGGAUGGGCUGUUGCUGUACAACGGACCUCUGGGUCCCACGCAGGCCGGUGAUGUCGAGGACUUCAUCGCAGUGGAGCUGAAGAACGGGCUUCCGACCCUGAGUGUGAGCCACGGGUCUGGGGUCCUGACCUUGCAGCUGGCCCCGCGGCUGGGGGUCGCCGAUCGGCGCUGGCACCGCCUCGACAUAAUGAACGACGGCAAGACUGUGCAGUUCAUGCUGGAUCUCUGCUCCGGAGCCACAGCAGCCGAGGGGGACGGGCGGGGGUCUGAGGUGCCCGAGAUGGAGGAGUCAGCCUGCAGGGCGUCUGGCGAGACCCCAGGGAUGGCGAGAUUCCUCAAUGUGAGGCAGCCCCUGCAGCUGGGCGGGGUGAAGCAGACCCCCCCACACAGACGCUUCCGGAGCUUCAGAGGCUGCGUGCAGAACCUGGUGGCGGACAGUCAGGUGUACGACCUGGGGGGUCCGGCCGAGAGCAUGGACAGCUCACCGGGCUGCAGCCUGACGGACGGCGUGUGCCUGACCGCGGGGGGGCCAUCCUGCGGCGACCAUGGCACAUGCCUGGGCGAAUGGGGCUCCUUCAGCUGCGACUGCCACCCGGGAUUCAGCGGACACAAAUGCGACAGAGGUCUGCCUGAGUGGUCCUUCGAGAGGGACAGCAUGCUGCAGUACCGGCUGCGGGAUGCGGGCGAUCCCCGGCACACCGACAUCCAGCUGCUCCUGCGCACUCGCUCCCCCAGCGGCGUCCUGCUCAGCCUCGCCUCACACAACACCAGCCGGCACAUCACCCUGGAGAUCGCAGAUGGGCACCUGAGCGUCCGUGCCGACGUGGGUGAGGGGGAGCGGAGCCUCAUCCUCGCCGGGCCGCGUCUAGACGGGGGCCAGUGGCUGCUGGCGGGCCUCGUGCGGCACGACGGCCUUUUCACACUGCGGUUGGAACGAGGUGGUGGGACCCACGAGGUCAGCGCCAUGCUGGCCCAGAGCCGGCGACUCGCGGUGCCACCCGCCACUCUGCUGCUGGGCUCGGGCCCCGGCCGUCUGGCCCACCAGGACUUCCACGGCUGCCUGAGGGACGUGCGGAUCAGCGGCCACUCGGUGCCUCUGGAUGGCCAGAGUACGGAUUUCGGCGCUGUGACAGAGCGCCAGGGGGUGCAGCCGGGCUGCCGGUCGGACGCCUGCGCGGGCAGGCCCUGCCACGCCCCACUGAACUGUGUGGACCUGUGGAGGAGGCACGAGUGCAGGUGUGCGGCAGGUCAGGUCAUGGUGGUGGACAACGUGUCAGGGCUCCAGCACUGCGCCCCAUCCCCAUGUGCACCCUCCACCUGCCACAACGGUGGCACCUGCCUCACCCAGUCACCCCAGAACUUCCAGUGCCUUUGCCUGGAUGGCUUCCGGGGCCAGUGGUGUGAGGUGAGCCAGAUGAAGGCGCUCCGCCUGGCCGCCCUGAGCCCCAGCUCCAUCCUGGCCAUCAGCAUGUGUCUGCUCGUCUUCUUCGCGGUUCUGGUCGCCGUGACAGUGUGGAACCAGAAGGGCAGCCGAAGUAAGUUCCAGAAGCAAGGCGUGUACCACAUCCCGGCAGAACACGAGAGCUGGGAGGACAUCCGAGAGAACAUCCUGAAUUACAACGAGGAGGGAGGGGGCGAGCAGGACCAGGUAGGGCCCCCCCCCUAAUGCAAUGUGUAACGGACACACAGAUUUUAUCACCCUCAUAACACGUUUUCACCCUUCAUCACUCUCAUAAUGCAGAUGUUUCCACCCACUUGUCACCAUUGUAACGCAUUGUAACCCAUUCCAGUAACACAGAUGUUUUCACCCGCUGUCGUCCU